AUGACGUCCACUGUUUUGUUUGGCGAUUCUAUGUUAAAAGGAUUUAACGAAUACCUUAUCAGACUUUCCGAUACGUCGGUUAUAGUGAAAUCUGGACUGAAAGUCAGUACCAUCAAUGACACUCAUGUCGAAGAGAUAAAAGCCUUGAAACCAGCUCGCGUUAUUCUUGCUGUUGGUGCAAACGACAUGUGUCCCCGCCAACAAGAUAUUGUGUUACAACCAAGCAUUGCCCAUACCGAUGCUUCUCUCGCGAGCUUGGCAAAGGCCACACUUGCUAUGUUGAUUAUGUCACUUGCUUCUCCUCUUCGCGAUGCUGGCUUUGAAGUCCUGCUCCUUUGUCCAAUUGUUCGCAAGGACUUUUACCGUGAAAUCCGCGCGUUGGAUACAGCCAUCAAGUCUUCAGAUUGGUCAUUUAUUCCCGUUGGACUAUUGCGCUAUACACAUUUAUCUACCGAUGGUGUUCAUUUGUCGCAAAUGGGCUGCCUGAAUUUGGCGAAAUUAAUUUGUGAGAGAGUAUCCUUAACUCUUUUGACAUCUGCCGUGCCGUUUACUAUCAGCUCAUCUUCAGUGUUUGGCGUCUCUCAAAUUUCCCUUGACGUUUGCAAUAAAUCUGUUUUGAGCAUAGCUGAUUCCCUCUUUGCAGAGCUUUACAAAUCAUACAAACAGGAAUCUUGGACACAUGUCAACGGGCGCUCUGUCAAGUGGAUUUCAGAGGUUCCAUACUCAUAUGGAAGCGUUCGCCACCCGCCCAACAACUCUUGGUCACCACAGUUGUUGUUGUUAAAGACCUUGUUGGAGAAAGAACUCAAAGUUUCCUUCAACAGUGUCCUCAUCAACAUUUAUUGUUCCCUCGAAGAGGGAGUUGGAUUUCACGCUGACAACGAACGUGGUAUUCCUGAUUAUCCAACCAUUGCCAGCGUAUCCCUUGGAGCCACCCGACGCUUUGCAAUGAAAAGAAACGGGACCACGCGCUCUGAAGUUUCUGUUUUGUUGCCACAUGGUAGCGUUUUUACCAUGCUCGGAGCUUGCCAGAAAGACUGGAAGCACAGCAUCUUGAGAGGAUCCACUGCACCCGAUGGAUCGUUUGAGAAAUGGAAUGGCUCAAACUCCAUCUACUACUACUACUACUACUACUACUACUACUACUACUUCUACUACUACUACUAA